CAAAAGAGGACUAGAGAAAGAGCCUGCGCAUAAUCUUGAAGACCUUUGUAGUGUUUGUUAUUGCAGUUUUCACUGGUUGUCGUGCCAAUGUGAUGUGGCAGGACCAGUCAGAGCCCAGUAUGAAUCUGAAUUCCUUCCGGAAUUACGGCUCUCAGGCAACCCUCACAGCUGAGAACACACUGCAGAUGAUCCGAAACUCAGAACUGGGUCAAGAAAUCAAUGACAGGAUCUCCAAAAGCACAGAUGCCAUCAACAAAUACACCUUGGCCAUUCAAAGUCAAGUAACUCCUCUGACUCGAGAGGCGGAUCAGUUGAAACUGCAUUUGGAACAGGAAAUGACAUCUAUGCAGUCCCAGCUCAAGCCUUAUGUUGAGGAGAUCAGAGGUGACAUUGAGGAGCAGGUUGAGCAGCUGAAGAAGGAUGUGGCCCCGUACGCAGAGACCCUGAACUCUGAAGCCCUGAGAUCUACUCUGGUCCAGGGGGCCGAGGAGCUGAAGGCCAAACUGGAGAGAAGUUUGAUGGAGAUGGGUCCUCAAACCGAGGAGCUGAAGCAGAAACUGGACCAGCACUUUUUAGACUUUCAGAUGAACAUGUCUCCAUUAGCCCAAAGCUUUCGGAGUCAGCUGGCCCAGAGAAGUCAAGAGCUUCAGAAGAAUCUGGCUCUCUAUUCAGAGGAGCUGAGCAAACUGGAUCCAUACGCCCAGGACCUGAAGGCCCAGUUAACAGCUCUCUGGGAGUCCUUUGCCAAGAACAAGCAGUCUUGAAAGACUGUAGAGACUUUUUGGAAAUGCAAAAGGAUGCUUCUGUUACCACUGGGGGUUUCACCUAGUAUAUUUCUUUGUUGCUCAUGUAUGUUUUUCAAGAAAUUGCUAAAUAAAAUAGCACAAA